GUGCCGGCUGGGGAGACCGCAUAUUCAGGACCCACGGCACGGUCCCCCUCCCUGUCCCGCGCCCCCUCACAGUACAGCGGCCCCUAGCACCAGGCUGGAUUUUGAGGUUCCACUCUGUUCCGGUUGCUGGUUAUAUCACACACACGCCGCCCUGUUACACAACCCCAACUGCAUGCCUGAUUCAUGGGCCAGAAAGGGCUGGGCAUGGGGUUAUGUAACCUUCCAUGGGCAGGGGGAUAAAAGCAGCCCCAUAUCUGCCUGGUGCCCAAAUGCAUGGGAAGAGCUGAGUCACACCCCAAACUCUCCACCCAAGUGAGUCUGCAGGGUGAUGGAGCAGCUGGGGGCAGAGAAGGGAUGGGGAGAGGGAGUGAUGGGGGGGGUUCAGAGUCUGGGAGUGUUUUGGGAUUUGGGGUGCACCUGAGAGCUGAUCCUGCUGGGCUGGGGGUUGCUGGGGGGACUGAUGGGUAUGGGGACCUACAGGCUGGGCAGGUUGUGCCCCAGGUUCUCUGGCCUUGGCAGUGUGGGGCAGGGGUGUCUGGGGGGUGGCUUUUUCAUCACCAGCCUGAGUCUCUCCCUGCAGCUUCUGCCACGACACCCCUUGCGAUGCUACUGCGAAUCACCCCACUCCUGCUCCUGGCCCUGGGGCUCUGGGGAGAGAGGGAGAAGCCUAAAUUCUGCGGGGAAGUCACCGAAUGUUUCACUUUUGACCUCAUCUGCAACAGCUCUGACUAUGAGGCUCGGCUUUACCCCCCCUCGGCCUGGGUCAGCACCCGUGUGAACAACACGUACACAGCCGCCAAGACCAUCGGCUUCUGGCACCUCUUCCGCUACAUCCAGGGCCGGAACCAGCUGGGUGUGAAGAUCCCAAUGACCGCACCGGUUCUGACCCGGGUGGACCAGGCUGCUGGAGAGACGCAGGAGUACACCAUCUCCUUCCUGCUGCCGGCAGCGCGGCAGGGCGACCCCCCGCAGCCCACCGAGCCUGCUGUUUUCAUCGAGCGGUUCCCUGCUCUGCCCACCUACGUUCGCUCCUUCGGAGGGUGGCUCACGGACGCCAAUCGAGGGACCCACAUCCGGGCCCUUGACGCCUCCCUGGGGAGGGACGCCCGGCACUUCAACCGCUCCUGGCACUACUCGGCUGGCUACAACAGCCCCAUGAAGCUGUUCGACCGCCACAACGAGGUCUGGCGCCUGGCAUGGGGCGGCCUGGGCUGUGCCCCAGAGUGAGCCCCCCAAAUGUCACCCACUGGCAUCGCAGCCCCCCCAGGAGUGAGAAACCCAGCUCUCGAUUCCGCCCCCCACGAGUGAGCUCCCAGUGAGGAGCCCCCCUCCUCCCCACCCCCACCCCCUUAAUAAAGCCAAGUGACCAAG